AUGGAGAGCCAUCUGUCCCCCAAGUUCAAAAAGUGGAUGAAAAAGUGCGUAACCGACGAGUUCUCGAGCACGAUAGACGAGAACCUGAACGGCGAGCGAGACCCGUACGACGUGGCCCAGAAGAUCAUAAACUCCCGUGAAAUGACGGAGCUCACGAACGCCAUAAGAACCUCCUUCGUCGAGCAGAUCGGCGAAAGGGUGGCGUCUCGCGCGACGAUGACGACGACGGCAACUCGUUCGAGCUCGGCGGCAAACUCGCGGCCCCAGACCUCGCUGUCCUACGUACUGAGCGAUCUGUCUGAGGACGAUUGGGUGUCGGUGAAAGGUGCCAGCGGCGAUGGCAACGGGACCGACGAGAUCGGCAGAAUCGUCGAGCAGAUCGGCCACGACAAGCCGGACCACGUGAGGCUCGCCGGCUACGAGGCUCUGCUGAAAAACGAGCCGGCCAACGCAGCGGCGAGCAACUCGGGCCCGGCUCUGCUGAAGGCACUGAGGGACGCCCUGAUCGACGGCAGUAGGUCUGUCUUCGAGGCGAGUCUCCUCGUGCACGCCAAACUGCUAAAUUGCCCCCGGUACUUGGACGCCUAUGCUAACCUGCUCAGCGCCUUCGCGGACUUGUACCGGUCGAAGAAGCUGUCCGAUACCCUGCCCACGAUACUCAGUGGUGUCAACUUCAAGGUCUUUCUGCACGAGAAGCUCUUCCGAGUGAUGCGACUGAUCACCGAUCACCACGAGGAGGUGCUGAAGGGCAGCAGGACCACCGAUAAGCUUUCCGAGGACAUGAUCGGCCAGUUCGUCUCGUUGCUGUCGUCUCACACGGCGAUCACGGUCAGCACCGGCUCUGCUUCAAGCCCGAAGAGACCCUUGAGCGCGCUGCAGAUAGUGUCGGUGCUAGAUCCCCGAGCGAGCUGGAGCAAGAAGUGGAUGCACGGGCUGAUCACGCGGAAGGUCCUGUGCUCGGCAAUAACCAAAUCCCCGGGUCUGCUUAAACACGUCGUCGCUAGUGUCAAGAGGGGCUUGGAGAACCCACCAGCCGGCGUGGCGGUCACCAUGUCCGACGAGCCGGCCGGCGUUUUCGUCUCGGGCGAUUCCGUCGAAGCUUUCAGCUUCUUGCACUGCUUGAAUCUGCUCUGCCAACUCUGCGCCACGGCAACCGGGCGAGCUCUGCUCUCGGAAACCAGAACGGAAGAGGAGCUUUCAGCCCCAGACUUCCUGGCCUCCCUGCUUGGCUGCCUCAACGGACUAGCUUUCUCGGACGCGUCCAACGCGCUCUACGAGACGGUGCGCGCCGCGCUCUCGGGUCUACUGAGUAGGCCCGUCGUGCUGUACGACGCCAGGUUUUAUCAGGUGGCUCUGAGCCCGCUCGCGAAGCCAGAGGUGAGACUGUGGCCGCACACCCUCGACGUUCUGAGCCACAUGCUCGACACACCAGACGGACCGAGCUUCAUGAUGAUGACGGCCAGCGAGUGCAGGGCCGGUAGUGCUGCUGUCUCCUCGUCCGCGUCGAUAGCUGAAAGUAGUCUCAAGCAAAGCUCCAAUAGUAAUAAUAAUCCGGUCGUCACGGUGAUCGCCUACGCCGCCAACUUGCUGAGACAGCCGGUGGCAGUGAUGAGCGCCGAGCACGUGACCGACCUGUUCAGGCUGAUUGGCAAGAUUUUCCGGAUGCACGAGAUUUUUCGCGUCACCGAGGAUGUGGUCAGGCAAAGCUUCUAUCCCAGCUUGACCUACAUGUACGGCAAGCUGGACAGGUACUACAUCGAGAACGAGAUCAAGACCCAAUGCCUGGUCAAGGCAGUCAGAGAGAUGAUGAUGAACCUGGUGUCGAUACCUCUGGGCCUCCAGAUGCUCUCGAACGAGCCAUUAAUCUUCGAGGAACUGAUUCGUGGAUCAAUAGCUCCGGUUCGGGCCUCCUGGAGCGCUUACGACGUCAUCGGCUUCGUUGCCAACUCUGGCUUUCUGGCUCGCGGAGCCGAGGUGCUAACCAGCUUGGCACCCCACGUGCUGUCGACACUGCUCGCCGAGUUGGGCAAGAAGCUCGAGGACCCGCGGGAGUUUUACGAUCCCUGGGAGAGCGACGACGUCAAGGUCUUCCUGCACGUGCUGGCCCUCUUCUCGCUGAACGCUCCAUGUUUUUUGGCUUUUAUGAUGAUGGACAGCGAAGACGAGGGUAAAAAGCCAGAGGACGAGAACGAGUACGUGAAAAACCUCCCGGAGCUCUUCCAGCGCUUUGCGGAUUCGGACUCGCCGUACCACUACCUCGGCCUGUCAGCGCUGAAGAUCUUGCUCUGGAACCUGGAUGUCUACCUCUUCCUGGUCAAUCUGUUGGACUUUCAGCAAAAACUCCUCCAGUUCCAAGAGUAUCUAGUCCAGGCGACCGAGGAGGAGCUCAGUUUCGAGGCCCAGCCGAGUUACGUUGUCGACGAGUGCAGCAUGCUGCGCCACUCGAUAAUCGUGAGCACCUACUACGUGCGACACAAGCGAAACGAGUCGUCGACACUGCCGGAGGAGGUGCGCCUGUUCUCCAAACUACCGCCACCCCACCCUCUGGACGGCGACGUCAGACCAAGCGCGUCGAGCGAGAGCGAGCUCGAGGUCUGGUUGAGCGACUGCGGCCCCGUAAUCAGGGACAACAGCUGGAUCCUCGGCACCAGGCGAGCCCACAGAGCCUCACCUGGUUCCCUCGCGAGCCACGUGUUGUUGAAUCUACUGGAUCAGAUGGAAAAGGCUAUUCCUACGGUGGAAUGGGUCGAGGGCUUCAAGUGGGAUCAGGAAUUGAGGUGCAGCGACGAUUACUGGCUACCGGAGGAGAAGUGGGGAAUCGACCUGGUCAUGCAUUACGCUUCGAUUAAUGGACUACUGGAAAAUACGACCAAGUCCAAGGGAGAUUUGAAAAUUUUUAUCCAGUCAGCCCAUUGUUUCAUCAAUUACAGCAAACCUGAACGUUAUGGAGGCUUCGACUGGUUCUUAGCCACGGUUUUCUUGAUCUGUAGUGGUGACCUCGACAAGGCAAAGACAUUUGUAAACCAGAUCCUACAUUUUCCAUCAGUGAUGUUUAUGUGGCCAGCAUUGGAAAAAGUCAUGGAUGGUGAUGACAAAGAGGAAUCUUAUACAAGGCUUUUAUUUGCACAUUUACUUGAAUCAAUAAUUAGCCUGGAAUUUCCCACAGUGAAAUUCGCGUUGAAAUGGGAAUGUGGUAUGGACUGGUGGAUGAUAUGUGAUAGACUGUUGACGCAAUGCUUUAUGGGAAUUCUUCCUUGGAGCGAAAUCGUGCACUACUUUGCCAUAAGCAUAUUGUAUUCACCGGAUUACAUAUUAUACUAUUGCGUUUCAUUAUUGAGUCACUGUGAGAGUGACAUAGUGAGCCAUGUGACGAAAGGAAGCAUGUGGCCGGAAAAUAUGGUUCUUGAAGAUUAUCGCUGUCACAGCCAAAUUGGAUUAAUGGAUCGACUGGGAAAAAGGUACGGAGGCAAAGUUCUCCUAUCAUUAACUCAGCGCAAACUCAGCUUCUCUGACGUUGAUUUCACAGAUUAA